CACGUGGUUAGCGUUUCCUUUCCGUUAGCAAAGCUGUAGAUUGCAAGAAGUUCUUCGUGAGGAUUCAUUUGAGCACAUCAGAACAAACGGAUUCCACACAUAUAAAGCACGCUUUCCAUUGUCAUUGAAGCGUUACACCCCUUCUCCUGCACCAGGGCCCCAACAGAGCCCCCUACUGGGUGGGCUCCCAGGAAGCUUUUUACUGAUCGGACAGCAAGCUGCAUGCUUGCGGCUGGCUCAGCUGAAAGCCCACGUUGCGUUGACACAGAUAAAUAACGCUAUUGCUGUUGAUGGUCGAACCAACACACCUGCCCCAUUUAUACCCACAACACCCCCCACAGCUGCAGCCAUCAGUCUACUAAACCUUCUGAAGGUUGCUAACACCAUGUCCCAUCCCUCAUAUAACCCCUAUGCCUCUGGGAAACAAAGUUCAGCCCAGGGGCACUAUGGACAGUCCAGUAUGCAGGCAGAGAGAGACUCUCAUAAGACAUCUCCUCAUCUUGGGCCUGGGUCCAGCUUUAGCUCUUCCGGAGUUUCAUCUGCGACUCCUGCAAAAUCUGGGGGAAUAAUGAGCUACAGGCCAGAAGCGAGUAAGACUUCAAUGGAAGAGGACAUAAAGAGGUCCAUAGACAUGCAUAUAAGUAGAGCCAGAGAGGAUGUGAGUCAUCAGCCUGUAGACAAGAGCAGUCAUUUUACUCAAAGACAUGAGUAUGAUUCUUCAGGCAAAGAUGUGACUUCCUACGUGUUGUCCUCAAACUCUCGAAGACCCCCUGAUGUUGCAAGUAGCACUAGCUCCAUGGACUGGUUGCCAAGCUACAAACGGGAAACUGAGGAUGAUUCGUCUAAAUACUGUUCAUCAUCUGCUUCAUUGAGCUAUCAAAGCACUGGCAACAGUAAGUUUAAUGCCUCGAAUGAAAGAGAGCGCAAUGUGCAAUCCAUUCCAGGCUUAGGUGAUUAUGACUACCCAGUGCCAGACAAACCUGUGGGUUCUGCAGAGUCUACUCGUCCCAAGUACACUUCAGAAACAGCUGUGAACAUCCUUAUGCAGUUUGGACUUGAAAAAGGGGACCUGGAACAUCUGAUCUCAUACCCAGAAGAUCAGAUGACUCCUGACAACCUGCCUUUUAUCUUACGACAAAUCCGCAUGGAAAAGGCAAAGAGAUCUGCCACAGCAGAUCCAUCAAAAUCCUACUAUGAUCCUCAUUCCACCACAAGUAUGAGUGGAAAGGAAAGGUUAAGUACUUCAAGAGGGGAAGGGAUGUGCCGGGAUGAAUUGUCACCUAUUGUCCAACCAAGUAAAGUGAUUGAUUAUGGACAUACUGGAAAAUAUACUGGAAGCUUUGGGGAUGAAAUUGGAAGGAGCAGCAGUGGAGCCAGUAGUGGUGGAACUGGAGGUACGCUGCUGAUGGGCUCCUAUGAUAGUAGCGGUCACAGUCGAGAAUCACUGCAAAAAAGUAUGACAGAGGUGAAAAACAGCACCUUGGUUUCUUCCCGUGAUCAAGGCAGCUCUUUUACCAGUCAUGGCUCAAUGCGAAGCAGCGAUCCAGCUCAACAACUGCACACCCAACCGAACCAGUCAUCUCAAGAAAUCUUCAAAGGUUUCUCUCUGCCGAAGACGGACACAGACAUAAGAUCUCUUAAAGCAGAAGUCACUAAAGCCCUUCCGUUGAAAAAUCCAGAGCCAGAUCGCUAUUCAGCAUCAAAAAGCCAACUAACUCCUAAUAUAGUUCAUAGUGUGCAUCCAAGCCGACCUGGCCUUGUACUCAUUGGCAGCAGCAGCAGCGACAGUCACAUCAAAGAAAAGAGUAAGACUCACGGGCAAGUAUCAAAUGUUCCUGAGCAGAUGAACAAACAGCAAAUGCAGCAGAAGCAGAAGCAGGUACAACAGCAACAAGUGAAACAGACAAUGCAACAACCACCACCAAAGCAGCAGCAGCAGACGCAACAACUGAAGCAGCAGCAGACGCAACAGCAACAACUGAAGCAGAUGCAACAACUGAAGCAGCAGCAGACGCAACAGCAACAACUGAAGCAGAUGCAACAACUGAAGAAGCAGCAGACGCAACAGCAACAACUGAAGCAGACGCAACAGCAACAACUGAAGCAGACGCAACUGAAGCAGCAGACGGCCCAGGUACCUAACCUGCCGAUUGGGUUGCAGCAGAUGCAGAAUCAGCCAGCUGUGCAUAUGGGACAAGCUUUGCAGUCUCAAGUUUUUUCGGCUGCAAAGCCAGUUCCACAGCCGUCCCUCAUGCCAGGGCUCAUGAUGCCCGUUCCUCCGGGUCUCUCUCCGCUAAUGCAGAACUUCAUGAAUUUCAUUCAUAUACCGCAGCCCGCUUCCACGAAGCAGCUUCCAGCAAAGGUAGAAGUGACAAGGAAUAUCCCAGUGCUGGCCCAGAUGCAAGACUACACUGGCGCUUCACCUAUGGUCUUUCCUCAUACCUGCUCUUUAUGUAACAAGGAAUGUACUCAGAUGAAGGAUUGGGUCUCCCACCAGAAUACCAGCCUUCACAUCGAGAACUUCAAACUUCUGCGAAAGCGAUACCCAGAAUGGAACGGUGAAAUAGCAUCACUGCUAGAUGCAUCAGGUGCCAAGCCCUCUCCCUCAACUUCUGCUGAGACUUCCCAGAAGAAAACCAGACAUGAGAGUCGUUCCCGUUCCUGCAGCCCCCGGAGCCAUCGUGACUCGGAGCGUAGCAGGGACAGGCAAAGUAGCCGUUCCCGCUCUCGCAGCCCCCGCACUCAUCGUGACUCGUUGCGAAGAAGAAAUAGACGAAGUAGCCGUUCCCGCUCCCGCAGCCAUCAUGACCCGGAGCGUAGCAGGGACAGACGAAGUAGCCGUUCCCGCUCCCGCAGCCAUCAUGACCCGGAGCAUAGCAGGGACAGACGAAGUAGCCGUUCCCGCUCCCGCAGCCAUCAUGACCCGGAGCGUAGCAGGGACAGACGAAGUAGCCGUUCCCGCUCCGGCAGUUCACGUCGCCUCCGUGACUUGGAGCGUAGGAGGGACAGACGAAUUAGUCAUUCCCGUUCUCGAUCACGCAGCCCCCGAAGGGAGAGACACAGAAGCCGAUCACGAUCUCCGUACAUCUCCAGACGUAAUCGCAGGUCCCGGUCUCAUUCUGACUCCUCAUGGUAUGACCGUCCUUCCUCUUCACGAUAUCGAUCACGCUCAAGGGGACGCGAGAGACGAUCCUCGCCGAGAAGAAGAGAUGAGAAACGUUCAUCACCAAGGAGAAGCUGGGAGAGGCGAUCGUCGACAGAGAGGUCAUCUCCUAUGCGAAAGUUGAGCAGCUCGAAGAUCUUGGCAAAGAAACUGCUGGAAACAUCAGCUCUCCAGUCCUUAUCAAAACAGUCUGACCUGGAGACUGUCGUCAAAACUUUGGCUCCUGCCCUGCUGGCUGAGCUAGCCAAGAUGAAGUCGUCCCCAUCAACAUCAUCGUCCUCACGUUCUGCAUCUCCAGAAUCACUUAAAGGGAGGCCUAGCACAGAGAAGACCAAGGCUGCUAAAUCUUCCCCUCCAACCAUGGUGAGGCUACAAGGGAUUGUCAGUAGUCUCUCUCACAGUGAAGUGAUUUCUGCUGUGGAGAAAUUUGGAAAAACCAAGUCAGUUGUUUUGUUUAGGUCAAGAUUACAGGCAGUUGUGUGUUUCAAGAAACAGGAAGAUGCUGAGAAACUGAAGAGCUUAAAGAACUUUGACAUAAAAGAAGUAACUGUCAGUGUUGUUAAUGAAAAGGAAAUUGCAUCCAAGAAAACCACAAAAACUAAACUGGAAACUACAGCAAAAGUCUCGGUUUCCAAAGCGAAAAACAUCUCAGCUGAGCAAAAAGCUAAAACUGUAAAAACUGGUGAUAAGGCUGAAGAAGCAGCUUCAAGCCUCGAAAAAUCUAAGAGUAAAUCUACGAAGAGUCCCGAAAAGCAGCCUAACACCAGUGAUUUGAAAGGAAAACGUAAACCCAAAGGGUCUCAAACCGGUGCUAAAGAAGCUGUGGUGGCACCUAAAAAUACAGCCAAUACUAUGAAGGCUGUUGAACCAAUUAAAGGUGCUGCAGUUGAUGGUGAGCCAAAAGUCUUGACUUCCAAAGGAGAAACGGCCUCAACGACGCAGAAAUCUAAAACAGCAGGAACUCUGAAAAAAGAAAAAGUGGAUCCUUCUAAAUCAACAACGUCAGAGGAUAAGCCUGAUGUAGAGACAAAACACAAGAAACCUGAAACAAAGAUUCAUGAAUCUGCGAUGGGGCCUAAAGGUGAAGCACGAAAAUCAUCAGCUUCUGAAAGGGAGGACCACACAGAAGUUGAAACUUCUACUGACGGCAAAGAUAAUCAGACGUUACCAACUAUAUCGAGUGAGAAUCAACUACCAACUAGUGCAGCUGAGACCAAGCCAAAUACAUCGCCACCAAAACCCACUGAUCCACCUCAGAAACCACAAACUGUCAUCAAAAGUCCAGAAGAUUCACUCAAAGCUUCAGAACAGACAGAACAGAGCUCAGAUUCUGCUCUACAAGAAGAAACACAACAGCAGACUGCAGGAAAAUCACCUGAGAUUUCUGUGGAGGCAAAGCAAAGAGUUGAAAGUGUAGAAACGGUUACAAAGGACAAAGUCUCUGUGACUGCAAAGAAGAUCUCAAAGGAUCAGCCGGUCGCUCCUACCCACCCAACAUUUGAGGAACUGAUAGAAAAGCAACUAUGUCCAGAAAAAAUCCUUUGUCUCAAGACAGUCAGGCUUCCCCGUAAAAAGCUUGUUUCGCUUAAAUGCAAGAUGCUGUUAAUAAGCAACCUGCCUAAGUAUCGUGAUGGCUGUUAUGAAGAGGAGGACAUCGCCGAUCUGCUCACUCCACACAGAUUUGAAUAUUACGACGAUACGAUCUACGUUAUACCACAGGCGCGCAUGGCUUUUGCCCUAAUGCCGACAGCAAUGGCAGCCAAAAACAUCGUGCUAGCAUCAGAAGAUAAACAUUUUUUUCUCAAUGGGUCUAAACUUCGACUGCAGGUUGUGAAGAACAAGAAUUUUUUAACGACCCCGCUUGAGUUUUAUAUAUAUCUGAUGAAUCGGCUGUGUUAUGUUAAGAAGAUAGGGAUAGAUAUUGGAGAACGGACAAUCUACAUCAGGAACAUCUCACCAGACGAGUUCCGGGAUCUCAGAGAAGCUUUGGGAAAAAUCGGUAUUGUAAGAAACUACCUGCCUCUUCUCUACAAGGUGUUAAUUGAAUUUGAGUCUGUGUGUGAUGCUGAUCGCCUUGGUGUUUGGUACAGCCUUCUAAAACGGGCCACUGGCCACAAAUUGUCAAGGGUGGAAAUACCACACAGUGGAUUUACAUCACUGCCACCAAGAUUGCCACACAAAGCUUUGCCAGACAGCGAUGUUGCUGUUGACGGGGCAGCUGUCCCAACAGAAGAUAUUACCGUCCCACAACGCAGCACUUCACCAUAUUGGAUCACAAUGACAACUAGUCCCUUUGUGUUCCCCACUGUCGCUCCUUGGUUCACAAUCCCAGAGUAUUUAACUGUCAGGGAACCUGAUGACAUUGAGAAAGCCCAAUCUCAAGGUUCUACGUUCUCCACGAUCAUGUUGACUGGUUUGCCAGAAGGAAACUACAGACAGGAGGAUGUCGCCAAGCUGGUGUGGCGUUACUUCCCUAAUCAGACUGUUCAGACUCUGUACUACAACAUAAUCGUUUUAUCACUGCAGAGGAGGGCCUUUGUGUUUUUUAACAGCUGGGAUGCGUGCUGCGAUUUCGCCAGAGAUUACCUCAAAGAUCCAGUUACAGUUGAAGAGCGGAGACGGAGACUAGGAAUCCACAUUGUUUUACAAGACGUGCAUCCUGGUUCAAGUGAGGAGAGCAUGUACAGAAGCAUGAUGAAAUGGAGCAGCACUCAUGUUCCACAGUCUGAGUCUCUGGAGGACCGGCUGCUGAUUGUGGAGGUCUCCGAGGUGAAUGUGGACCUUGUCAUGAUGAUCAUGAAAGUGGUGGCUCCCAUUGCUGCUUUUGUCAGAUUUUUGCCGCUUGCCAACAGGAUAUGCAUUGAGAUGGCUGAACCUGGUGGAUUAACACAGGUGAUGGAGAGCAAUGUCACCAAGGACUAUUUAUCUUCUUGGAGUAAAGUCGGACGUAUUGAGUCUUUGAAGAGUCUGAAACAGCGUCUGCAAGACUCGGGUGAGAACACACUUAACCUCGAACUGGAAACCGAGAAGGCCGCAGAAUCGACCGCUGUCCUGCAGCCAAGUGAGGAAGGCCAGAAAGCAGCAGUGAAGGAAGAGGGGCCACCACAAACUUUGGUCACUACUCCUGAUGCAAACGCCGCCCCCGCCGCUUCUAGCACUGCUCCUUCAGCAACAAGCCCAGUCAAGUCUGAGGAAAAAGACUCAAAACUUCCUCACAUCAACGAGGACGUUUUCAUGGCCAUUACAGCGGCGCUUCGUGAGCAUAGACAGGGUCGAGAAAGUAGGGCACAGAGCAAGGACAGAGAGAGCAAAAUCAGCAGCCCUAGUAGGGCACAGGAUGAAGACGCACCAAACGAAAAGGUUCAAGUUGAUAAUUUAAAGAAGAAAGUUUCUUCAGAGAGCCGCCCUUUUGGUGAGCUGGAUUUCAAUGUGGACGACUUUGUCACUGUUGAUGAAAUUAACGAUGACGCAGCAGACGCAGACCCCAAUGGUGAAAGCUCCUCUUCAACUAAGCCAAAGUCCACAGAGAAUGCAGAAAGUCAAAGUUCAGCUGCAUCUCCUGCUUCCAAACGAACCUCAGCAGGGUCCUCCAAAGACUCCAGCAGCUCAGCCUCUCCCUCAUCCAAGCCCACGAAAUUUUCUGAGAAAAGCAGUUCAACCUCCUCACUACGAAAAAGUAAAGACUCAUUUGAAUCCACCAAACCCGAAUCCUCUGUGAGUGUCAGUAAGCCUGUUUCCUUUUCUGGUGAGAAAACACAGCCAAGCAAACCUCCAGACAAAUUGACGCAUUCUUUGUCCUCGGGUUAUAGGACCCGUUCAAAAAUGGCAUCAACCGCUGCUGCAGAGCUAACAGAGGAGAGUGCAGCAACAAAGUCUGACCUCAAAGUGUCAGCAAAGGAAAAUCAAACUAAAGUGGAAACAUCAUCAGAGACACAACCACCUGCAGAGGGAGAGGGAUUAGGGAUGAAGAGCCAAACACAGACUCUGGAGACUGAAUGUAAGGACGCACACAAAGAGUCAAAGAAAAGCAAAGAAGAUGGGGAAAAAGACAAUGUGGGGAAAUAUCCACAGGAGGAGGAGGAUGAUGGUGAAAGUUACCAGAUCCUUGAUUCGAUCGACAAGCCAACAGAUGAACAGAUAGAUGAAGACUCAAACCAAGAGACUAAAACAGAGUCAUCAGGGCCUGAGCAAACCCAGAGUUCGCAUGAGGGGGAAAGUCAGGUCUUGAACAGCAUUGAUGAUAAAGGCUCAGAGGAGUCCAGUAAAACAGAAACGGAUGCUCCUCUCUAUGUGAUAGACAACGUUAGUGAAGACCAAGCCAGUACAGUCCAAGGGGACAGUCAUCUGGUCAAAGAUGAAGGUGCCACAGCAAAGCAGCUGUCUGAGGAAAAGAUUCAAGAACCAGAUGCAGCUGAUAAAAAAGAAGGGUUGGAUCCAAGCAUGAACCAAACUCCAAGGUCCAGUGGAGAUGGAAAAGAAAUGAAUGAGGAGAUGCUCUCAGAAAAAUCAAGCAAAGCUUCCAAAGCAUUUUGCCAAACUCCAAAUAAUGAAGAACAAGAAAACAAAGGCAGUUCAGCAGAUGUUACUAAACAGAAAGCCUCUGAGAAGUUAGAUUCAGUCAAUGAUCACACCAGAGGAGAAGAUGACGAGAAGAAACUUAAUACUUCGAAAGCAGUCACUGAAGGAACUGAAGAAGAGGAAGAAGCUUACCAGGUAAUUGAUUCUGUGGAAGAAGAGCCACCGACCACAGAGACCCAGGCAGAGGCUGAGAACAAGGAGGAAAAAACCAAGAAAGACGUUGAAGUGGCUAAACAAGCUGAAAGACCAACAAGAAGGGGUAGACCGAGAACAAGAACAUCUAAAAGAGAGGAGAAAGAGACACAGGAGGAGAUGAUCUUUGAGGUAGUGGAUUCUGUUGAAGAUGAAUUUGUUCAAGAUGUCUCCACCACAGAGAGGCCUGGUAGAAGGAGGUCGGCCAGAGGAAACAAAGAAGAUAAAAAGACGCCAACUUCCACAGUUACAUGUAUAAAAACCGUCAGGGAAGAGGAAUCUACGUCCGAGAUCCUAGACUCAGUGGAGGGUAAGGCUGCCAUGAACGAACCAACCAUCACAACAAGGUCAACCAGAGGAGGAAGAGAAACUAAAGAAGACGUCUCAAAAAAAGACAAGACACCAACGAGGAGGCGGCCGACACCUGCCAGAGAUUCUCAGGAACCAAACAAGGAGGAACCUCAGCAGACUCAAGUGAAAGAGAGCACACCAACAAAGAAGAGCGAGGAGAAUGCCACCUUUACAAUAGUAGACCCAGUGCAGGAUGAAGUUAUUAAGGAUGAACGGGCCAAAACUCCGGAAAAAAGAAGAAGGGGAAGACCAAAGAAGGAUACUAAAGUAACUAAAAAACAAGCUGCCUUAAAGAAUGCUGCAUCUAGUAAAGUGGCUGAUGAGGAGGAGGCCAUUUAUCAGAUUGUUGACUUGGUUGAGGAUGAGACGGCUGACAAUGAGCCUUUGAAAGACCAGAAUACAGAAGAGCCAACAGUGCCUAAAGACGAUAAGGACUCAGCAUCGCCAAAAAAUGCAGAUGAUGAGGAGGUGGUCGAUAAAGAGGAGUGUUUGGAUCACACUGCUGAGGUUAGUGAUGCUCUAUCUACUGAAGACGAGUCUGGUACAGCAACGAAGGAAGAGAAGCCAAAAACAGAUACUAAAGAGGCCACUGGGUCCCAAAGUGAGGCUGCUGCACCAGAAGAAAAGACAAAUCUGGAGGAAGACACCCUGGAGCUGGUCACUCUGGAUGAGGUGGGAGCAGAUGAUGCUGGGGAGGAAAAAGCAGUGGAGGGUCAGGACUGGAGCAGGGAGAUCACCAAGGGAGAACCUGCAGAGCUCAUCACUCUGGAUGAGAUUGUUGAAGAAGAAGAAGAGGAGGAGGGGGAAAAGGCAGAGGAAAGCACAGUGGAGCCCCGCCCACCAACACAGGAGAGCCAAUUGGUGGAGGCCGCAGACAUAGAGACUUUUGCGACAGCAGCUGAGGUAAAAGAGGAAGCAGAGAAGACAUCAGGAUCUGCUAAACGCAAACAUGAUGAAACAGAGGAGAGUUUCAAUUUUGUGAUGGUGGACGAGGUGGGAGAGACUGUGAAGAAGGAGGCGGUAAUUGCCAGGACAAGAGGUCGACCCAGGAAGAGAACCAAGCAGACCCCGGUGAGAAAAUCUGCUAGAGGGAAACCAGAGAGCACAAAAGAGACGGAAGAGGAGGAAACAACAGAACCACUGCUUCCAGCUUCUGUUAAUCCCACUUUAUCACAGGACCGAGACUCAUCUGCACCGCCAGGUGAUGGCCAGGCGGAGAGCCAGAGGACCGAAGAGGAAGCAGAGACCCAGCCUGAUGCUGCACCUGCCUCUGCUGGACAGCAGCCAGAGUCUAAGUGUCCUGAUAAGGAGACAGAGGAGGGAGAGGAGAAGGAUGGAUGGAGCACGGUUGGCAUUAAAGUUGUGGGCAAACGCAGGAGGGAGCUUGUUGGACCUGAGGCAAAGCGAUCUCGCUCUCAGUCUCCGUGUGUUGUAGCAGACUUCAGACUGCCUCAGUUCAACCCCAAUAGCCCCCUCGGUCAGGAGUUUGUGAUCCCAAAAUCAGGAUUUUUCUGUAACAUCUGCUCUGUUUUCUACCUGAAUGAGAAGACCGCCAAGGAACUCCACUGCUGCAGCCAGAAACACUACAACAACCUGCAGAAAUAUUAUGAGAAACGUCGACAAAGAGCUUCAACAACGUCAUCUCAGAUGUCUCAAGGCUCUGUUUCUGACUGAUGGACCUGAUCUACUGAUUAUUUUAACACAUCACUGUGGAGAACAAGCCAAUGUUUUUGAUCCUACUAGUUCAGAAACUAAACUAAUCACCGUGUGGUACCUUUUGUUGUAAAUGAUAUGUCUUCAUUCAUAAAUUGUUUUGUUUUUGUUUGUACAGGCUGGUGAAGAGCACAGUUUUAAAAUGUUGUUAUUAUUUUAUCUUUUAUGUGAAAAUGUUAUUGAAAAAUUAAUAAAUUUACUUAACAGGUCAUCAGGAGGUACCUGACAGGU